AUGUCAGGUCACCAUCACAUCACUCUUGCUGCCAAUCCCCCCUAUUUUGAUGGGGACAAGUCCAAAUAUAUAGGCUUCAUGGACUCGUGCACCACCUACAUCGGUGCCUAUUGGUCAGAAUUCUUGCAGGAUGAGACAAAAAUCCUCUUCAUCCUCUCCUACCUCUGCAACGAGGCCGGCACAAGUUGCGCUGCCUCGAGAUGGGCAAUGAACUGGAAACAGUGCAACUUUGAAAGCCUUAAUGGACUGAAGGCUGGGGUCACCUCAAAGACCUUCUUAGAGGAGCUUCAGAGGGCCUUUGGGGAUACCAAUGCAGAACAAGUUGCUGCUGCUCGACUCAUGGCCCUGUGCCAAAACAAAUGCUCCUUUGCAGAUUAUAUCUCCGACUUCAAGAUGUUGGCCGGGGAUGCAGCGUACAACGUGGUCACCACCACCAAUGACAAGGGCGAGUACAAGAAGGGGGAUCAAGACAACAUCCUUAUUGAGUUCCUUGAGCGCGGGCUGAGCAGCAAGAUUGCGAGUUGCCUCUACAACACCGGUGUCCCUUUGCCCAAGGUGUAUGGUGCCUUCAAGGACUGGCGUAUCAACAUCAAGGCAAACACUCUGCGUGAUCAGCUGCGCAAAGCAUUGUAUGGGCACUCCACACCACGAUCACCCCCCCAGUUCCGGCCUCAAGCCACCCCAGCAGCACCCGCAUCCGCUCCGAACCGACCUGCUGCCAACAAACCGGUUCCAAUGGAAAUCAAUUGCACCCAUGCCCGCAGCCACAAUAUCAUCUGCUACAACUGUCAGCAGCCUGGGCACAUUGCGCGGAACUGCCCAGAGCCAAGGAAGAAGCGCACAUUCUUCAAUCGGGCCACGAUGCUUGAAGAGAUCGAGAACAGGGACAAGGACAAUGAGUUCCUCAAGGAGAUUGCCGAGAAGCUACGCGAGAAGGGUUUUUGA